AUGACACAGUAUAUGUUAACUUCCAAAGUGACGCUAUACCGAUUUUAAGCUGACCCGAUUUUGUCUGACAUAGAUACAUGACAAUGGAAGUAGGCUGGUGGGCUGAAGAUGUCCGCCAUGGCUAGGCGUGUGAGACUGCCGACUACAUGUGGGUCUUUUGGCAAAGGUGCAAAAUUGACGCUGGACGAUAUCUGUGUUUGUUAUAUACAGUCAGGUGAGGUGAUCUGUCUGACCAGGCGAUGUAACUGACCAAAAUCUGGACAAUGGACAGAUGGAUACAUACAGAGAUCCUGGCUGUUUUUCGGAAAUGUCUUUGCUGCCGACGCAAGGAACGGCAAUGGAACCCAAUAAAUCACAGGAAAAACUCCAAGAGGAUCCGAAGGGAAGACACACACGUUCACUUUGCCAAAAAAGUGAAUAAAGUAACGCCCCUUCAAUACGAACACACAUUUACAAGCUCCGACACGAGUCUGAGGAAUUCUCUUCCAAAAUCGCCGUCAGAAGAAAGUUUUGAAUUAGAAGACUUCGAAGAGUAUGUGGAGAACUUCGUUGAUCAAACUAUACAGCGAGCGACAGUCACUCUUAUCAUAGAGCUCAAACCAAGGAUCAUAACCACCAUGCAGGAUUUGAAAGACCCGGAGGACUGAGCCAUUUAACGCUUACAUUGGAGGCUGAGCUUCUCGCAUUCCCGAUUAUCGCUCAGGAAUAUUGACCGCACGUGGACAACUUAGUGAGGUUACGAUUCAGUGAUGACGUUCGUGAUUAUAUGAUGAGAAUGAAAACCACCAACAUAUGCUUUUUGUUGUGGUAAAUGAACGUCUACAAUUAACAUUCCGCACCAUUGGUUGUGCAUUGUAUCAACCGACACAGGCGCUAGAGGCCGCGUCUCAGCGGUGUACGUCUGGUCUGUGUUAGCCGGAAGAGUAUCGACAUACAUCGGCCCCCAUUAAGAUAUGUAAACAAGGCUUAUGAUGAUUGGAACAAUUGCCGGCUACAAUGAGAAACGUGUAGUCCUAAGGGUUUGUCUAGGACCAUUAUGUAAUCGUACGGACUAAUUAGCGACGUGUUAAAUGUUUAUUACCACAGACAGUACCAAAGAUAAUUAAAGUGUGAGUGACGCUGUGUGUCUAUAACUGUAGCCAACACACCUGGUCGAGAGCGCGGCCAAUGUCAUACGGUUUGUCUCCCUUUGUUUAACUGUAAACCAAUUAAAGGGAGAUAACACUUGUUCGUUAUAAUCAUAUUCCAUAUUUUUAUUGUAUUAAUUGUUGAUACGCAUAAUAAAUGGUUUUCUAUUAAUGAUAUAAAAUGUUUCAAUGAUUUAGCAUUGUACCUAUAUACUGAACUAUGUACCGUGACUCUUUAAUGAUAUAUACAACAUGUGAAUACAGUUUUCAAAUACUUAAACCUUUUGACAGCUAUCUAAUAGAAUAGUUUGAACACGGUGUAUGUGUGACGUGUUCGGUGGAGUAUGGAAGUUGAAGAUAAGCGCUGUUCAUAUAUAAAAUUAAAUUAAAAUGUCUUUAAUUUCGGCAUGUUAUUUCUAUGUUCACUGUCGUAACACAUUCGUUUACAUAUAUGUAAACUGUCGUUGAAAUAUGUUUUUUUCCUUUUAAAUAUAUACCAUAUAGGAUACUAAUAUGUACAUUUUAAUUUAUUUUUGGGGAUGAAAUGUAAAGUUUUAUCGGGAAA